AUGCCGCGAACUCCCUUACCCCGAAGAGGUAGGGUUCGACCUCAGAGUACUCGGAAGAAUCGAAGCGACCGCCAGCACGAUGAAGAGAUUCCGCAAGUCUACCGCGAGCUGUUAGCGGAAGCAGAUGCGCGCGCUGCUGACGAAUCACGACCGGACAGGCCUAUCAAACGUCGAAGGGUAGGGGAAAGGGCACAGGAUUCGCAUGAUGUACAAACAAAUAUCAAGAAUAAUGCUUCUUCAGCCUCCAAUAAUGUUAUCGAUUUGACACAAACGCAAACUAUCUAUGAUCUUGAUGCCGAAGAUUCGUCGGAAGAUGAAUCGGAUAUGGAGUGGGAGGAGGUUAUUGUACAACAAUCAGAUACAAACAUUCAGAAUACGGUACACACUGGAGGCGAUGAAUCUUUGGAUAUCACAUUCGAGGAACCCUCCGUACGAAGAACACUUGUCAGGCGACGUAAACCAGUCACUGGGUCCGAGAAGAAUCUUCGACUGGACAUCCACAAAGCUCAUGUGCUCUGCUUACUGGGCCACGUAUAUACGCGUAAUCUGUGGUGUAACGAUGAUGAAGUCCAAAAAUACCUGAGACAGAUGUUACCGAAGCAAACAAUAUUGUUCUUGAACCCAAGGGAAUCUAUGCCUCAGUUUCAACGAUCCACUACGUUUAUUGAUGGCUUGAAACAGGCAAGUGAGACUUUUGUACGACGGUUCAAGGUUACCGCACCUGGCCUGAGACGGCCAUACUGGGCGGAGAAUGCACAGAAGUGCCGGGAUCGAGCAGCUUCGAUUAUGCGCGAUGGAGAGAUUAUUUCGACCAGGGAAGAGUUUCGACAACAAGCAAAAAGACUUGAAGGUUCUCGCGAUUUCGGUGCCCAGUUGUUCUGUGCGCUGUUGCGGUCAGCUGCAGUCGAGGCAAGACUCGUAUGCUCUCUACAGGUACUGCCAUUCUCCGGAGUCGCAAAUGGCACCAGUCCGGAAAAACCGAAACGAGAGUACAUAGUGAUAUCAUCCGAUGAUAAUCUGAGUUCUAGCGAUGACCAAACUGUUGCCCAAAGUAGUAGUUUACCUGCCAAGGGACGUAGACUUGGGCAGCCAUCCUUCAAGACACCCGCUCGACCGUCUUCUUCGAAAAAUCUACAGCGCCCACGCAGCUUCGCCCAAUCUCCGUAUCCCGUCUUCUGGGUCGAAGUCUUCAACAAGGCUGUUCAAAAAUGGAUCCCCGUCGAUCCCCUCGUCACAAAAUCUGUGGCGAAGCCAUCCAAAUUUGAGCCUCCUGCUAGCGACAGAUAUAACAGCAUGUCCUAUGUAGUAGCAUUCGAAGAUGCUUCUGCACGAGAUGUCACAAAACGUUACGCCAAAGCGUAUAAUGCAAAAAUGCGGAAGACGCGUGUAGAAAGCACCAAGGAUGGUGAAACAUGGUGGACAACUGUCAUGAACUUCUUGGAGAAGCCUUUCUUAGAAGAUCGAGAUCAGCUUGAAUUCAGUGAGUUCACGGCCAAAUCAGCGGCUGAGCCGAUGCCUCGGAAUAUCCAAGACUUCAAAGAUCAUCCUGUUUAUGCAUUGGAAAGACAUCUUCGACGAAAUGAAGUGAUUCAUCCAAAGAGGAAGAUUGGGCAGGUCCAAGCUGGUAAACCAGGAUCCAAGAAGAGUUCCGUGGUAGAGCCCGUUUAUCGUCGGGCAGACGUACACUUGGUAAGAAGCGCUGACGGCUGGUAUCGACUUGGACGAGAUAUCAAGAUUGGUGAACAACCCCUCAAACGCGUGGCAGCGUCGCAAAAAAGGGAUGAGAGUGAUGACGACCCCGAUGGUGUUUCUGGUACAGAGAGAACACUGUACGCCCUACAUCAAACCGAGUUGUAUAAACCACCACCAGUUGUGAAGGGAAAAAUUCCCAAGAACGCAUAUGGCAACUUGGAUGUUUACGUCCCAACCAUGAUUCCUCCAGGAGGUUUCCAUCUCAGACAUCCCGAGGCAGCACGAGCGGCGCGAAUACUUGGCGUUGACUACGCUGCUGCGGUGACGGGAUUCGAAUUCAAAGGUCGCCAUGGAACUGCCGUGGUCAAUGGUGUGGUUGCGGCAGCAGAGUACCGUGAAGCUUUGGAAGAGGUUAUCAAGUGCAUUGAAGAUGAAAGGAUCCAGGAGGAACUUGACCGAGGAACAGAAGAAGCACUACGUUUAUGGAAGCAUUUCCUGUUGAAACUACGUAUUGCAGAAAGGGUGAAUAGUUAUGCGAUUGAAGGAGAAGCUUCUGAAGAAGAAGCGGAAUCCCUAGAUAAGGAAGCGCCUACCAGUGAUGCUGAAUUGGAUGACCCAGACUUUGAGGAAGGAGGUGGGUUUAUCCCGGAGGAUGAUGAAAACGAUUUUGCGGACGGGGGCGGGUUCAUUACUGAGGGUGAGGAGGAGGACGUCUAUAUGGGGAGUAACGACUUUGGCAACGAUAUUGAUUCCGAAGCUCAUAAUGCCGACGGUUGCAUUGUGGAUGAAGAUAUGGCGGUUGGAGGGCCUUCUGGACACAAGCCUGUUGAGGCAGCUCAUAAUUUCCAGCAAACAGCAGAGCGCAACGUGGAGAGAUCGAAGAAGAAUGUGCCACGCUACAAACUAAUUGUGAUACCCAAUACAACAGCUAUCGAAAGUUUAGCAGGCUCGUCAGUUCGCUCAGCUGGGAAAGUAACAGAAGAAAAGAAUGUUGCACAAGCUAAUGUGAACAUGUCUGAUGGUGGGGUUCUAGGUGACGGAUCAUCUGAAGCCGCAGCCAUUCAAGUUGAUUUGUCCAGUAGCCAUGCGUCAGCAUCUGUGAGUGUGGACCUCAAUUCGCAAGGACCAGAGGAUCAUGAUUCACUGGAAGAGCAUUCACGGCCGGAAGAAACUGAGUCUGAUUCAGACUUGGAGAAAGAAUCACUGUUAUCUCAUGAUCCUGAAGAUGAAGAUGCCGAACCUGACUGGCUGAUGUCUGAUUGA